AUGGCUUCUUCGACUAUUAUACCUAUUGUUUAUACUCAAAAUUCCUUAGAAAAAAAUCGUUUAGGAUCCCCAAUAUCUCCCUCAAAUCGUUAUACAGUACAUGAUCAUGGUCAAGGUUAUCGUACAUAUUCAUAUGAAUUUGAUUUAAUUGAUUAUGAACCCGAACAAAUAACUGUUCUACUUGAUGAUAAUGGUACAUUACGCAUACGUGCACAUCGUCCACCAUGUCGUGAAUUUCGACGUGAAUAUAAUCUUGGUGGACCUAAUGUUGAAACAACACUUGCAAGAAAUACAAUUGAUACUCAUGGACGUCUUCGUGUUGAUAUUGAUGUUCGACCACGACGUUAUGAUUUACAGACAAUAAAUUAUAAUAAUAUUCUUACAUUUGAUUUACAAGGCUAUAGACCAGAAAAUGUAACUGUUCGAAUAAAUCGAAAUGGUUUACUUAAAAUAAGUGGUCAACAUAUUGAUAAUACACUUGGUAAUAAUAUUAAUCGUGAAUAUUUUAGACAAUAUCAAUUACCAUCAAAUAUUGAUCCGGAUAAAGUACGUGCACGUAUGGAUCAAAAUCAAAUAUUAACUAUUGAAUUACCUCAACCAUUAUCAACAGUUAAUCCUACAGGACGUGAAUAUUGGGUACCUGUUUAUGAAAGAAAUUAUCCUCCAUAUUAUGGUACUGGACCUUAUUGUUGUUGCAAUAUUAUGUAA